GACUAAAACCGAGAGCUGGCAUCCUGCGGGGAGAAGAAAAAAUAAAGCAUCAAACAGCUUUACAUGUUUGCGUCCAAACAGGCGGUUAUUUCUUAUUCCUGAAGGAUUUUUAUUUGUGUUAUUAAUGAAGGCAGGCGGACACCUUCCAGCAGCAUGGCCACAGUCUAAUGUCUGUGAACGCCUGAACGAUCAUUUAUGAAUUUUUUCGAGAUGAUAUGAAAGUCAAUCGGUCAAGGUCCGUGCUCCCAAUGCAACAGCCGCGGCUGGAUUUUCUAGUUUCUGGUGGGAAACAUAUGACACAAGCAUUUGGAUGGUUUUUUAAUUAAUAUAUAUUUUUUAUUAAAUGUUAAUAGUGGCUGGUGAGAGGACUGAGAUUGUCGGUGUUUCAAGCAGCGUGGGAGCUUCGCUGUGGGAAUGACAUGCUGCAGUGAAGACGAGAAACUGGAAAUAAUAAUGGAUUAGAAAACAAUGAUGUGACUGCGACACUUUGAACCAAAAUGAAAUGCUUUACGGCCACCGCCUCGUGCAGAAAUCUGUAAUAUCACUUAGUAAGUCGUCUGUUUUGUUUUUCUGGACUGUGUCACGUUGACUGAACGGUAUUUGUGAGACGCAUCAUCUUUAUUGUGGGAAUCGUUUCACAGUAUAACAAGCUGACAUCCACCCAAAGAAGGACACCAUGUCGGCGGUGAUGAUAGCGCGAAAGGUGCGAAAAUGGGAGAAGCUUCCGGGGAAAAACACCUUCUGCUGCGACGGACGGGUGAUGAUGGCCCGACAGAAGGGAGUCUUCUACCUGACGCUGUUCCUCAUCAUGGGGACCUGUGCGCUCUUCUUCGCUUUCGAAUGUCCCUACCUGGCAGUCCAUCUGUCUCCUGCCAUCCCAGUUUUCGCUGCCCUGAUCUUCCUCUUUGUCAUUGCCAUGUUGUUGAGGACUAGCUUCAGUGACCCCGGGGUGCUGCCACGGGCUCUUCCGGAGGAGGCCACAUUCAUCGAGAUGGAAAUUGAGGCUGCCAAUGGGAACGUCCCCGCAGGGCAGCGGCCCCCACCUCGAAUCCGCAAUGUUCAGAUCAACAACCAGAUCGUCAAACUCAAGUACUGCUACACCUGCAAGAUCUUCCGACCACCUCGAGCAUCUCACUGCAGCAUCUGUGACAACUGCGUCGACCGUUUUGAUCACCACUGCCCAUGGGUAGGGAACUGUGUGGGCAAGAGGAACUACCGAUACUUCUACAUGUUCACCCUGUCGCUCUCCCUGCUCACCAUUUAUAUCUUCACCUUCGACAUCGUCCAUGUGGUGAUGCGUUCAGUGGAUAAUGGCUUUUUGAACACUUUGAAGGAAACACCUGGAACUGUGCUGGAGGUUUUGGUGUGUUUCUUCACCCUGUGGUCAGUAGUGGGACUGACCGGCUUCCACACCUACCUGAUCUCUCUCAACCAGACCACCAAUGAGGACAUUAAAGGAUCCUGGUCGGGAAAGAACAGAGUCCAGAACCCGUACAGCCACAAGAACUUAAUCAAGAACUGCUGCGAGGUGCUCUGUGGGCCAACGUACCCAAGCGUCUUGGACAGAAGAGGACUGAUGCAGGAGGAUUCGCCUGUUUCUUUUACGUCUGCUGCACCCUCCAUCUCCAGCAGCAGCAACCCAGUGUCACAAACCACGAAAACCACAGCUCCACUCAUCCCCAACGAGCACACACCUGAUGAUGCCAAGCCGAGCAUCGCCGCUUCAGCAGAGAAGAGCGACUCCCCCAAAGAGGAAUUACCUCCUGCUCCAAAGGUCCCGCCCCUGGCUUCACCCGAGACUGAUGCGGAAGCAACCCUCGCCAAGGAAAAGGCCCAGUAGCUGCAUGAGGGGCGUGGCUCUUGCCCUAGCCACUCCCCAAGUAUCCUGCCUGGUCAGGAACUGAAACAUUAAUAAUCAGUGUGUGAUUACUGUGCAGGUGACUCAGUUGUUCUCUGACACCCACACUACAUUCAACCAGAAGAGCGGAGCUUCUGCGGCAGCUCCUCCCAUUCCCUCCUCUCCCCACCAGUAGCUGCAGAGCUGUUUGUUUGACAGUUACUCCUGCAGGAGGAGGAGUGAUUUUAAUGGAAAGUCAGCAGCUUCCUCUCUGUCUCCUGAACACUGCAUGGAAAAGACACGCAGAGGGAGAAGCUGCUGGAAGAACUGCGGAGACAUAAAAAUCUCCAGGCGUAUGACAUCCCCACAGGUCACCAGUGGGUCGCUCUGAUAAAAUUGAUUUAAAAUUGCAUAAUGACAUUUAUUGUAAGAGGCCAGUUCAAAUAUAUUCCUUGCAAGUGUCUGGCAAAGACAAUAUUACUUCUGGACAUGUAUACAACUUCAUACAUACAGUUACUUUUCUGUUGUGUGCACAUGCCCUAUGCAAACCAAGAGAAGGCUGGACAAGCAGCUUUUUGAUGUGUGGAAAGAAGUGAUAACACCUUUUGAGUCUUUGAGCGCACAUGAUGUCCAUGCAGGGGAAGACGUGCAAAUCCUUAGCUGAGAUAUCCUAAAGGCUCCUUCCAGGCAAGUCAAAAUCUACCUUGUAUUCUGAUAUUGCUGCAUUCAGUACUGUUGUUACUUACGUGCAUCUAUUUUUUAAAGUGAUCCAGACCAACGCCUGUCCUUCCAUUUUUAUAAAACAAGGAUGUAUCAUGACGUCGGUGCUCUGAAAUAGAUGAAAUUGCUUGAUGUGCAGUUAAAGUCUUGUAUUCAGGAGACGCUCAGCCAGAGUUCCAGUGAGUGAGAGAAAAGGCCUGACCUCUCAUGAUAGUAGACACUGGUAGUAACAGUGCCUUAUCACAACAGUUGCACCAUCAAAGGCAACUGAGGUCGACCAUCAGAGAAUCCCUUGAUAUCCGUUCUAAAUGAGUGUUAAAUGAGAAAUGCAAACGUUUAUACACCAAUUAGUCCAGUGUUUCCCAACCUGGGGGUUGCAAGAUAAAUCUUAGGGGUCACGAGAUGAUUUAAGGAACAGUUAGACAUUUUGAGAAAUCUCUAGUUUAUUUGCUUUCUUCCAGAGAGUUGGAUGAAAAGAUCGAUACCUCUCUCAUGUCUGUAUAGUAAAUAUGAAGCUACAGCCAGGAGAUGGUUAGCUUAGCUUAGCAUAAAGACUGGACACGGCACCUCGAAAGCGCACUAAUUAUUAUGCUAAAUCAAAUUUGAUUGACUUGAAUUUUUUACGGAUUGAACAAAAAAGUUAGUGAUCUUCAGAGGUGCUGGUAGAUGCAUGUUUUAACUUUAGACAGAGCCAGGCUAGCUUUUCACCCCUGUUUCAAGCCUUUAUGCUAAGCUAACCAGCUGCUUGCUGUAGCUUCAUAUUAUCGCACAAGAGUCGUAUCGAUCUACUCAUCUAAAUCCCAGCAAGAAAUCAGAUACAACGUGUGUCCAAGUAUUCCUUUUACCAGGAUAGGCAUAAUACACAUACACCUAAUACUACAAAAUUGUGUACUUAUGAGAUACUGUAAAUGUUUGUCCUUUUUUAGAAGAAAAAAAAAAUACAAUCAGAGAAGAUAAAAUGACUCUGGUUGAACAGGUCACACUCAGUAGAUGUAUGAAAUAGCUUAGUUUCAAGGGGCUCACAGGUCUGAAAGGUUGGGAACCACUGAAUUAAACCUUGUGAAACAAAAAACUAAGCAAAGCCAUUGUUGAAUUGUACAUAGUUUUAGAAAGUAAAGAUGUACUGAAAACGUUGUCGCAGUGGGGCUGGUGUUAAUUUUGCUGCCUGUGAGCUUGAGCACUUCCUCCUGCGAAUCACACCAGAGCUGAUCUUCCUCCGAGUCCUCCCUCUUCCUGCCAUCUUUUGCCUCGUCCCUCGAUACCAACAUAGUUUACUCUUCUCCUAUUCCUUGCAUCUUUGUAGUUUGUGGCAGGCUCGUUAUCUGCAAGAAUAAAGCCAAGCCAGAGAGAUCCUUUCUUGUUUUUCAGCGUUUAAUGUGGCUGCUGGAGACUUUAUUUUGUUUUGGUCACAGAUUGCUCGAGGGGGCAGCAUCCACAGGAAGGAAAGAGGGAGAGAGAGAAAGUGAAGCUAAUUCUUAGUAUUUAAAUGAUGUUAGCUGAUAGUGAGGGUUUGUAAUAGUGAUUGUGUUGUAUGCAAGACAGUUGGUGUUUGUGAAAUAUACUUGUGUAGAAGUUCUAGUGUGUCAACAGCUUCGUAUCAGACUCUGAAAUCUGACCGAGAUUAUUUAUUAUUCAGACACAAUUAAAAUCAAGACGCAUUUUCUCCGUUGGAUUUAAAGACAGAGUGGGAAAGGCAAUUAAGGAUCCUGAGAUUGUUUACAGCCGUUUUAUUAUUUUUAUUGUACCAUAAUAUUGGAGCAGUUUAAACCUUAAGAGAUUCCACACUUUGAAUGAUAGAAGAUGAAUCUAGGCCAGUUUUAGUAAUUAUUAGUUCAUCUCUGCAUUGUUUGGUCUAUAUAAUGAUACAUUUAAUAUAAGUUAGUAACUUUAGUCCAAAACCCCCAAAUAUUCAAUUUAUUAUCAGAAAAUAUUUACAUUCGAAAAGCUGGGACUAGCACACUUUGGGCAUUUUUGCUUCAAAGAAUAGCUUUUUUGCGGUCGACCAAUUGAUUAAUUGAGUAAUAAUUUCAGCUCAAGAUUUAUCUCUACACUAAGAGGAACACAGGAAAGAUAACUGACGCAUUGGAAGAAGCUUUAAGUGUGUGGCAGUAUUGUGUCUGUGAAGUAUAAAAAAGAAGUAUAAUUGCUGAGUAUUUGUUUGGAAAACUUAACAGUAAAAAGUACGAAACAAAGACCAGUUUUUUAAUAUUAGUGGCUGAACUUUCUUUGUAGAAAGUAUUUGAAGACGGUGUGUUUGAUAGCUGUCACCGAGAAGCAAGAAUGUAUGUGAAUGGUAUUCGAUAAAAGAAGGGACGGGAGAUUUUAAAUUGAAAGGGACGAUAUAAGUCUAAGCUCUGAAGGUUUUGUAGACUUAAGAUCUGAGCUGAUCUCUUGUACUUCUGAUUCCUGUGUUAAAAUGCCAUGACGUGGUCAGAUCUGAAUGCUCUGAUCAACCUAUUACAUUGCAUUAUGUAUACAGAUACAGUACUAUACCAUUGAUGGAACUCUUAAUUUAUGAUCACUUUGUUAAGUAUCAGCACUGUGAUUAUCUGUAUUUCAUUCAAUUUACUUCACUUCUUUUUACAUGAUCAAUGUGUCUGGUAAAUAAACAAUGUUGUCUUAUUAUUA